UUCUGCGGCAGACCCAAUUCGACAUAUCAUUCGAUGUCGAGAAAGAUUAUCUCCAAUCGCUUCGCUUCCCCGACCCGAUUUCUCUUUUCCCUCUUAUCAUAGCCGUACGCCAAUGAAAUAAGUCACCAUGCGCAAAAAAGUAGCAGAAAGGUUGAAGCGCCUCCAAGACGCUCGCCCAUACCUACGCCCUAUUCCGCUCGAUCAACGGAAGCAGAUAUAUCUACCCGACUUCGUGAUCACACUCAUCCGCACCCCAUUCCUCCCGCCGCGCUAUGCCUCCUUCUGGGUCCCACUGACCUUCAACAAACUGGACAUCAAAGACUACCUGAAACAGGUCUACGGCGUGGACGUAUUGAAAGUGCGAAGCUAUGUCGAACAGCAGAAAGUCACGCGCCAGAAGCCUUGCGGGAAAGACGGGUUUGGCAAAUGGCGGAGACCAAUGGCCAGGAAGAAGAUGACGGUUGAGAUGACGGAACCCUUCGUGUGGCCCGAAGAACCGGAGGACUAUACCGCAUGGGAGAAGGAUAGGUUUUUUGAAGCCAAAGAGUUCCAAAAGGAAAUGUCAGAGAGCUUGGCGCCAGACGCGAAGAACAAGCCGCUGCCAGAAAAGAAGCGCAAGACCAUAGCUGAGCAGGCGAAGAGGUUGCUGGAGGGUAAGGAGCAGUGGCAGCCGACUUGGAAGGCGCUGGGGUUGAAUUAUGACACACCCGUGCUGGGUAGUGCGAAGAUAACGCCUACCGAGAUAUUAAACGGGAAGGAUGUGACGGAAGCUGUGGAGGAGAGGAAGUGAGUCUAGUUGCCUUGUCGGGGUGAAGGCUGGUUGGGAAAUUAUAUGUAUAUGGAUAUGGGAUCCCUUCCUUUUAUUUUGUAAAACAUCUUUCACGGGUUGAUAUUUGGGUAUUUCUAUUUUCUUGUGCAGCUUUUUGUUGUUUUUAGAGAUCCUUUCACGUGGGUUGAAGACGUUCGAGGUGUAAGUCUCUCCCUCGUUUAGAUAUGAAACGAGAAUAGAAAGGAGGAAACCCGCAAAUGGGUUUCAGUUAUGUAUUUUCUAUUUAGUGUGAUAUAAAAAUAGACAUGUUUCUGUUAUGGGGAAUUUCAGAAAGUUUGUAGGACGUAAAACUCUGAAUAUAGAGGCCCUGGCACGCGCUUUCUCCCCAAACCCUCAGAAGCUAAC